AUGGAAUUGUCAUUGGAGGCCUACCGCAAUAUAGUGAAGUAUGUCGGGAAUCGCUCCGACAUCGCGAUGCUUUGCAGGGUCUCCAAAGGCUUUCGGUACGUCGCCCAGCGCGCACUCUACAAUACGCUGUACCUGCGCAACGUUCGCUCGACCAUCUCUCUGUGCGGCCUCCUCGCUCGUGAGCCGCAUCUCGCUACACUGGUCGACGCGCUCACGAUCUCCUUUUCCGGAGAACAAGAGGGCGGUUCCGAUGACGAUUCCAGCGAAUCAGGGUCAGACGAAGGGGAAGCGUCGUCCCAACCGCCGUCCGUCUCUGAGUACUGGGCGGCAGUUGCCCCCGCAUUACGACAGACAGUCCGCCUUCGGUACCUCAACAUCCACAUCCACAACUCGGACACCGCCGUCGCAUGGAUACUCAAUAACUGCACCUUCCACCUCCGCAGCUUCCACUGCGACCUUGACUGGGAUAUGCAUCUAGUCUCGUUUCUGAACACACAGCCCGACCUGGACGAUCUUUACAUUUUAGACUAUAAAGACCCCAAUCACGCUCCGCAACCCACUGUAUCAUCUACCGACUCCCCGAUCCGUCUUCUCCCCUCUGCGCUUCCCAAGCUGUCCACUCUGGAAUGCACGUUCUCCGAAGCUGCUGUAGCUCUCGUGCCAGGUCGCCCUGUCACCCACCUCAAGUCCUGCUUCUCCCGCACGCGCCUCGAAGAGAAGCAAGCGGAAGUGUCCCUUCUCUUCUCCAAGAUCAAACUCUCGACGCGCCGCCUGAAGGCCCUCGAUAUCGCCGAUUCGUCAUACACGGAGACCUUCAGCAUGGAUCUCCUGCAGCACGUGAUAAGGACCAGGGCGACUGUCACCGAGCUGCGGUACCUCGGGACACUGGUCCUGCCCAUAGGCGGUCAAGAGCGAUUGCAGUUUUACGGGCUGCUGAUGCGUUUGCCGCGCGUGCAGUGCGUGGAAGUGGAAGUCACGCAUUGGGAGCCCCCGCCGUCCGCGCUGACAGCCUUCCGCGCGCUGACCCUGGAGCUCCGGCUGUACUGUCCCACAGUUACACGCGUCGUCUUCGUGUACGAGUUCGACCGCACCGUGAUCUCGGUCGUCGACGGCCUGUGUGUGCUGGACCACGAUACCAGCACGGAUAUCUUAUGGAGUGAGAUAUAA